GAGACAAAAAGAAACACUCACCCCUUUUCCUUAAUCAUUUUCGGCCAACCCACACCCAGCAAGAGUAAGGAACUCUCCAGCCUCCCUUUUCCAUUGUUGAAGAGAUCUGAACAAGGAAGAAUCUCAAAAAAAGGAAUUAAGGUGAUAAAAGUGUGGAAAAAAUAAGAUGUCAGGCCGUUGAUGAGGAAUGUCAGAAGAUUCGUGAACGGGUCCUUGAGGGGCCCGUUGAGAACUUUCGGGUACGUGAUGACGGUGUUUUACUGUUUAAAGACCGUGUAUCCAUACCAAAGAGUGAGGAGCUCCAAAAGUCUAAUAUUGAUGAGGAAGGUCUUGAGUUGUUUCUUGUGGACUCUUUACGCCCACCCCAUUGUUACGCUACACAAUAAACCGAGUAAACCCUUUCUCCUCCUCAACGUUGUUGAUUUCUUGUAUCAACUCAUAUGCUUACCAGUCUUGUUCAAUUAUGCCCAUCAAGGCAGGAGAUCAAGAAGGAAGAAAGUCAGGUUUUUUCUUUUGGGAGAACUAGGGUUUAUGGGUAUGGCAUUGUUUAUGACUUUGGGUAUCAAAACCGUACACAAAGAGCCUUUUUUGUGGGAGUUUGUGUUGUUUUAGUGGACAUUGGAGAACCGUUGGGUAUGGUUUGUAGAAGGAAAAUUGUGGUGACGCCUUUUCGCUCGUUUAUUGUUUUCUUGAGUGGCAUCUUAUGGACGGUUUAUGCUGUUAGUUAUGGAAGAAGUGGAUGCUUUCAUUCUCAUUAUCUAUGGUGUUGGGGCGAUAUGUGGAGGGGCAGUGCAAGGGUUUUAUGCAUGGAUGGAUCGGAAUGAUCAUACACAAAGUGAAUCUUUUGAUCAUAUGCAACUUAUUUUGGGUAUGUUUGAGUUGUGCAAAGAAAAUCAGGUUUUUCAUAUAUCGUUUUGGUGGGUACGGUAAUAAGUUUUGUUUUGUUCAUUAUCAAUGCCGGGAAUUGUGUCAUUUGUGGACGUGGUUCUCGUAUUGAAGGCAUAUACGGAGUAUAU